AGCUCAAGCCAGCUGGGCCCGAUGUCCAGAUCGUAUGCAUUGUGAUGCAUAUUCCCUAUCUGCAGCAUGACACACGCCUUGAUACCUCCUUUCAGCCGAUUCCAAACAACGUUGUUUGUGCCUCUUCGAACGCCUCGAUGUCUCGAGACGCGUCCUUCAUGACAAGGGCAAGCGCGCCAGGUGAUGUACCUACGCAAGGCGAUUGCAUCGACUCGCCGUGCUUGCCUUCCAGUGUAUCGGUCAGCAAGGAAAUGCGGGACGGCGAGGAUGCCGGGGACGCUGCGAAGCCUUCCAGCGGAGCGAUGUGUCCCAUGCAGGUGCAGGUUUUGAAGCUGGAUGAAGCGCUUUUUGCUCAGGAGUCGGGCACUAUGCGCACGUCGUUGAACGUGAAGGCGGCCGCCUUUGUCCCGAGAAUGGUGUAUGAUCAAAUGGACUCGAGCGCCGACCAACGGACUACUGUAACGAUGCGCAAUCUGCCCACCAUUUUUUCCUGUGCCGAGCUGGUCGAUUUGGUUAACAGCAAGGGUUUUCAGGAGCAGUUCGAGUUUCAAGCAAGGUCAUCGAGGUGGACCUUUCUCUAGCACCACACCAGAGUUUGGGUGGUUUGCUUUCACUAGGUGUGUGUUGAGGAGCAGUUCGAUUUCGCGUAUCUCCCGAAACACUUCGCAUCUGCGAGCAAUCAUGAGCACGCAGUGCGCUUUUGGAAGGUCUUCGACGGUUUCGCAUCGUGGCCAGCACCUGGAUGCCGCAAUGUGUGUGCAGUGAGCUGGGGAGGAGUGCAGGGAUUCUGGGCGAACGUUGCGCACCAUCGCAACAUCAUGCGCAAGCAGGACGCGCCAGAUCACUGCAGGCCCGCUGCGUUCCACUGUGGUCGGCAGCUCCCGCUCCCGCGCGCGACCUCGGAGUCCAGAGCGAUGCUCGAGAGCUCGUCGACCUGUCCGGGGACGGCCAAGGUGCGCUGCUCGUUCGGGCAGUUCGUCCGCGUUCCCACGCGCCCGAACACACGCAGCGCGCUCGCCGGGUGAGGUGUUCUUUCUUUUUGUCCCGGGUCGCCAAGGGGGGCGCACCAGCCACGCGGGCGCUCGCUGGGCGUUCUGGGCGCAGAGCGCGCCAUGGCGCUCGCGGAGAGCGCCUCGCGGUUGGCAAAUUGGGGGCACUUGGCGCCAGGGGACACCUCGGCCCCCCCCCCAGCCUCUCCUUCGGUAGCAAAUCAUGGGAGGUUGGUUUAUCCUCGUCAGUCCGUCUUUGGCGUCGACUGGCGUCGAUUAACGCGUGGG